AUGUCCAUGUUCUGCAUGAGUCGGACAUUCCUCCGGCAUUCCCGGGUACAGAGAUUAGGCUUCCUACCACGGAUACCUAUACUCAAGAAACCGCAAUGUCACAGAUUCACCCAAACACCACGACCGUGCGACUCCACCCCAAUCUACCAUCCGCGUCCCAUCUCUUACGCAUUUGAUCCAGCCACUCCAGCAAACCAGUCUAGUCCAACAUCCCCAGGAUUCUCAUUUCUACACCCAUCAAACCUCGCCCAAGAUGCAGAAUACCAACAUGCCAUCCCCCUCAACCCACAAAAUCUAAAAGUCCCCUGGCCAACCUCACUCCCCUGCGCUCUGCAAUCCAAAUACUGGCGCGAAGCAGAAGCCGCAACAAACGACUUAUUACAGACCCUCUUCCAAUCCAACAACAACCCCAAGGGAGAGAAAUACCUCACUGCAGUGACAGAAGCAGUGGUAUCCUACGCAAUCAACCUCCUUCCACUAUGCGAUCUCGAGAGGAUCAAGCUCCUCUCCAGGACAUUUGUCCUAGCCUUUCUGCACGACGAUGCAGUCGAUGCAGGGAAUAUUAGCGAUGAUGUUGUCUUGAUCCCUACAGAAAAGAACAGCAAACCAUCCCAUAAGGCCUUCAACAUCAUCUCGGAGGAGAUCCUCGCUGCAGAUCCCGUCAAUGGGGCUAUUCUCAUCGACGAUAUCCUAUCAUGGGGCUCUACGUCUCGAAACCACCAGCAAGGUCCAACGUGUUUCAGUUCUCUGGAUGAGUAUAUCACCCAUGGGUUAGAGGAUUUCGGAGCCACGCUUAUUCUCCGCUGCGUGGAGUUUUCUAUCGCUGAUUCUCGUUCUUCUUCGCCGAUGGAUCUUCAGAGUAUCAGCUAUCUCAAGUCCCUCUGUGCGAAACAUCUGCUCCUUACGAACGACUUGUACUCGUAUGCCAAGGAAGUAGCUAGCGGAGAUACAGGUCUCAAUGCAGUUCGAGUCGUGCAGGAUCUCAUGGGGUGUUCUGACUCUUCUGCCAAGAUGAUGGUUCGACUUAUGCUACGUGAUGUGGAGAGACAGAUGGACGAAGAGUAUACUCGACUCGACACAACCAGCAGUACGAAUAGUGUGAACGACGCGCAAUUGAAACACGCGCGAGCGAUGAUUAUCGCUGUAGCAGGGAAUAUGUACUUCUCAGCGACAUGCGAUCGGUAUGCCAGGGCUGUGGAGGGGUCGAGAUUGGUAUAA